AUGGUGGAAAGCGAAUUGGAAUCUUUCAGCGCGGUUAAAAGAGCUCAAAAUAGGAAAAAGGAAGGUGGAAUUAAAAGGAAAAAAACAUGAAAAUGUGAAGCUGAAGGAAGAUGUGCCUGGGCUGAUUUUACCUCGAGAAAAACCAGAAGAAUGCACCCUGAAACAGCUUCAGAGAUCGCUGGAUAGAUCUUGCCUUUGGUAUUCUAUAAAAUGCCAGACUACGGGAGUUUCUGAAGUUAUUUGUGCACAAAGGCACACAACAACUUGCAUCGGCUCAGCAUAAUUAAAGGAAGCUUCUCGAAAUGUACCCCCAAACAAUCCCAUAAAUGCGCGCGCCCUUAGUUUUGGUCCCAGGCUAUCACUCUUUUGCGAAGUGAGCUAUUGUCAUUAAAUGACGAUGUUUGUAAAUAAAGCUACUUGCCUUACUGUUUAUUUAAAAACCAAGACUUCACAGAAAGAGCAACUCUAUUGUCCCAUGGAGGCGUUAACAAUCGCCACAAACGUAACAUAGCAUCAAACACCAAUCAAACGAUCAGCCCUGAAGAACUGAAGAGGAAUGUGGCUACAUAUGGCUGUCUCCUUAUUCAGUGCUCAAGAAACAUCAAGCGUGGCCUCCCAGGAAAACAAGGUCCUCCCGGGCCUACGGGAACUAGUGGAACUCCCGGCCUCCAGGGGCCUCCUGGUCCUCCCGGGCCUCAGGGCUCCCAGGGGCUUAAAGGUGACAGAGGUGCUCAGGGACCUUCCGGACCUAAAGGCGACCAAGGACCUCAAGGACCCAAGGGUGCUCAUGGUAGGUAA